GGGGCUGACAGCCGCGGCGCGGGAGGCGGGGCGCGAGGAGGGCGGAGGCGCAGCCCCGCGAGGGAGGAGCUGCCCGCGCGCCCGCCGCCGCCGCUCGGCUCCACACCCGCGGCCGGCGCAGCCCCUCCACGAGACUCUGACAGCCGCGCGGCCGGCGCUGCUCCCGAGCGCACCGACCGACGGACGGCCGCGGCCGGGGAGGACGCGAGCACCGCGGCCAGGCGCCGAGCCGCGGGAGGCGCGCGCUGCCGGAGUCGGGCCGAGACUCCCUGUGAAGUAGCUGGAAUCUCAGACGGCUCCAUCCCUGAGGAGUGGGUUGGCAGAAGAGGAAGAAGGGAUGGUGGAGAGCCCACUCAGGUCCUGAGGAGUGAGCCACAGCCUGUUGAACCUGAAGCCUUCAAGUGGGGGUCAACACCCUGGGGUGACUAUGAUGAAUUGAUGCCUUGGCCCCCACCGACAUGUACACAGUGUAAUGACAGGAAAUGAACAGGUUUACAGGACAACUGGUGGCCUAAAAUUGAAGAAUAAGGCGUGGGUGCUUGGCUCUGGCUGAGAACAUGGCCAAUGGCAUUGAUGAGCUCAUCGGCAUCCCCUUCCCCAACCACAGCAGUGAACUCCUAUGCAGCCUCAAUGAGCAGCGACACGCUGGCCUUCUGUGUGACGUGCUGCUUGUGGUCCAGGAACAGGAGUAUCCCACCCACCGCUCCGUGCUGGCCGCCUGCAGCAAGUACUUCAAGAAGCUCUUCACUGCUGGCAGCCUAACCAGCCAGCCCUACGUCUACGAGAUCGACUUCGUCCAGCCUGAGGCCCUGGCCGCCAUCUUGGAGUUUGCCUAUACCUCCACACUCACCAUCACCGCCGCCAAUGUCAAACACAUCCUCAAUGCCGCCAGGAUGCUGGAGAUUCAGUGCAUUGUGAAUGUCUGCCUGGAGAUCAUGGAGCCUGGUGGUGAUGGCGGUGAGGAGGAUGACAAGGAAGAUGAUGACGAUGAUGAAGAUGAUGACGAUGAGGAGGACGAAGAAGAGGAAGAGGAGGAAGAGGAGGAGGACGAUGACACAGAGGACUUUGCUGAUCAAGAAAACUUGCCUGACCCCCAGGACAUCAACUGCCACCAAAGCCCCUCCAAAACUGACCAUCUCACGGAGAACGCCUACUCAGACGCCCCCAGAGACUUUCCCGAUUCCUUUCCAGCCGACAGUCCUGGCCAUCUGGGGGUGAUCCGGGAUUUCUCCAUUGAAUCUCUGCUGAGGGAGAACUUGUACCCUAAAGCUAACAUCCCUGACAGACCCACCUUAUCUCCAUUCACCCCAGACUUCUUCCCUCACCUCUGGCCAGGGGACUUUGGUGCCUUUGCCCAGUUGCCCGAGCAGUCCAUGGACAGCGGGCCACUGGAUCUAGUCAUCAAGAACCGGAAGAUCAAGGAAGAGGAGAAGGAAGAGCUGCCCCCGCCCCCACCCCCACCCUUCCCUAGCGAUUUCUUCAAGGACAUGUUCCCUGACCUGCCCGGGGGCCCGCUGGGCCCCAUCAAGGCAGAGAACGACUAUGGUGCCUAUCUCAACUUCCUGAGUGCCACCCACCUGGGGAGCCUCUUCCCACCGUGGCCCCUGGUGGAGGAGCGCAAGCUGAAGCCCAAGGCCUCUCAGCAGUGCCCCAUCUGCCACAAGGUCAUCAUGGGGGCUGGGAAGCUGCCACGGCACAUGCGAACCCACACUGGGGAGAAGCCAUAUAUGUGCAACAUCUGCGAGGUCCGCUUCACCAGGCAGGACAAGCUCAAGAUCCACAUGCGGAAGCACACGGGGGAGCGGCCCUACCUGUGCAUCCACUGCAACGCCAAGUUCGUGCACAACUACGACCUCAAGAACCACAUGCGCAUCCACACGGGCGUGCGCCCCUACCAGUGCGAGUUCUGCUACAAGAGCUUCACGCGCUCCGACCACCUGCACCGCCACAUCAAGCGGCAGAGCUGCCGCAUGGCCCGGCCCCGGCGUGGGCGCAAGCCGGCCGCCUGGAGGGCCACCAGCCUGCUCUUCGGGCCCGCGGGGCCCCCACCCGACAAGGCGGCCUUCGUGAUGCCCCCCGCGCUGGGCGAGGUGGGCGGCCACCUGGGCGGCGCUGCCAUGUGCCUCCCGGGCCCCAGCCCCGCCAAGCACUUCCUGGCCGCGCCCAAGGGCGCCCUGAGCCUGCAGGAGCUGGAGCGGCAGUUCGAGGAGACGCAGAUGAAGCUGUUCGGGCGUGCGCAGAUGGAGGCCGAAAGGAACGCGGGUGGCCUCCUGGCCUUGGCCUUGGCCGAGAACGUGGCCGCCGCGGGGCCCUACUUUCCGCUGCCAGACCCCUGGGCCGCAGGCCUGGCCGGCCUUCCUGGGCUCGCGGGGCUCAACCACGUGGCCUCCUUGUCUGAAGCCAACAACUAGGCUGGCCCUGGUAGAUCCCAGUCCUUAGCCCUGGCCCCUGCCCUCCGGGACCCGCUCUGCACCCCCUCCAGUGGGUUUGAACUUUUCUAUUUUGCAAACACAAAGGGAAA